UCAGAUUUGUAGCUGAUUGUUCACAUGUGUCCAGGGGGAGAUGAAGUACAUUGGAUCCUGCAUAGUUUGGCUUUGUAUGGCAGUCUUCCUUCUCCUUCCUGUUUCUACUUCUCUGGCUGUCAGUGACCAGACAGGUGCCGUGUGUCCUUUAAUGAAAACAGUUGUCCAUCAUCUCAAACAAAUCAACAGAGACAGUCUUGGUGUUGCAGGGUUUGAUCUGGCAGAAAGCUUUUCUUUGAGGCAAACGUCUUGUGGAGGGGAAAAAAUCUGUUUUAAACUGGGAAGCGCACCUCUCGUCAGAGACACAAAGCAAGUUUUUCCAAAUGGGCUUCCUGAAGAAUACUCUCUAGUUGCUACGUUCCGUGUACGGCGAAAUACCAAGAAAGAGCGUUGGUAUAUAUGGCAAGUUUUAAAUCAGUAUGACACACCUGAGAUCUCCGUCCUUCUGGAUGGUACAAAAAAGGUUGUGGAGUAUAUGACCAAAUCUGCUCAGGGAAAUAUACUGCAUUACACUUUUAAGAAUCGAGAGAUUUAUCCAUUGUUUGAUCGGCAGUGGCAUAAGCUUGGUAUUAGUGUGCAGUCGGGGAUCAUUUCCCUCUAUUUGGAUUGUAAUUUAAUUGAAAGAAAGCAGACUGAUGAAAAAUUCACCAUUGACUUGCAGGGAAGGACUCUGAUUGCUUCUCGUGCUGCAGAUGAUAAGCCCGUAGAUAUUGAACUUCACCGCAUAACAGUUUAUUGUAAUCCAAAUCUUGCAACAGAAGAUACGUGUUGUGAAAUAUCUGCAGACCUGUGCCCACGUGAGGAGAGGUUGCAUGCUACGACUUCGUCACCAGUCACUGUUCAUGCCAGCAAAAUAUACACGCUUCCAGGAAUGCAGCAAGAAUCUAGAGAGAGAUGCCACUGCUUUUCAAAUAAAGGAGAAGCAGGAUUGCCAGGAGUAGCUGGUUUGCCAGGCCAGAAAGGAGAUAAAGGUGAAAAGGGUGAAAUAGGUGCGAAAGGACAGAAUGGUGUUGCUGGUCUUCCUGGCGAAAAGGGGGAAGCUGGCUUAGUAGGUGCUCCUGGCAUACCUGGUCUUACUGGUUCCAAGGGUGCACGUGGCUUUGUGGGUAGUAAAGGUGAAGAAGGUGAAAAGGGUGAAAAAGGAGAUAAAGGAGAACCAGGACCAGAAGGCAUUCAUGGAAGAGAGGGACUAAAAGGUGACCCUGGUAGUCCUGGUAUGGCUGGACCUAAAGGAGAAAAGGGAGAUGCAGGACCUCCAGGACCAGCUGCCUUGAGUGGUUUGCCAGGGCUAGAGGGUCCCCAAGGUCCACCUGGCAAAGAAGGUCAAAGGGGAAGACGAGGCAAACCAGGCCUCCCAGGAAAACCGGGGCCACCAGGACCUCCUGGUCCUUCUGGACUAAAAGGAAUUCUGGAUUCAUUGAACAAGCAUUAUAAUGAGAGUGAUACAAGACUACUAGGAUUACUUGGGACCCCUGGACCUAAUGGCCAGAAGGGAGACAUUGGUCAAAAAGGAGAAUUGGGAAUGACCGGCGUAAAAGGAGAAAAGGGAGAGCCUUCUGAAAAAGGGGACAAGGGAGAUCCAGGAGAAACUGGAAUGGAGGGAUCAAAAGGAAAUAAGGGUGAAACAGGAGACCCUGGACCACCUGGUCUUACUGGAAAUCCAGGAUCAAAGGGACUGCAAGGACCCCCAGGACCUGUCGGACCCAGGGGACUGCCAGGAGAAGUUGGCUUACCAGGAGAGCAUGGGGUACCAGGAAACCCAGGAGUUAAAGGUGACAAGGGGGACCCUGGUGGGAUUAUGGGACCGCCUGGACAUCCAGGUCCAAAAGGUGAUGUGGGACCUCCUGGACUAAGUCUGCCUGGAACACCAGGUCCCACUGGUAUCCCUGGAAACCCAGGUCCACGGGGACCAAAGGGAGAAAGAGGACUACCUGGUGUACAAGGAGCACCUGGGGAGAUGGGGCCCCCUGGAAUAGGCAUUCAGGGAUCACCAGGUCCUAUAGGUCCAACUGGAUCAGCAGGUGUGCAGGGCCCUAGGGGACCCCCAGGAUUACCAGGAACUCCAGGUACCCCUGGUGUCAAUGGCACUCCAGGAAGAGAUGGAAAGCCAGGACUACCAGGCCCUCCAGGUGAUCCUAUUGCACUGCCACUUGUGGGAGACAUGGGUGCUAUACUGAAGGGUGAUCCCGGCACAAGAGGUCCUCCAGGCAUCCCUGGUAGAGAAGGGCCAAAGGGAAGCAAAGGUGAACGUGGAUUUCCUGGGCUUGCUGGAGAGAAGGGUGAUGAGGGCCUUCAAGGUGCUCCUGGACUGCCAGGCAUACCAGGACCCAGUGGACCAUCUGGAGCCACAGGAAGACCUGGACAUCCCGGUCCAGCAGGGUCAAAAGGCGAAAAGGGUAGUGAAGGUUCUCCUGGGAAACCUGGACCACCUGGGCCUCCGGGUAUGCCUUACAAUGAAAGAAAUGGAAUGAGCAGCUUAUAUAAACUCCAGGGAGGUGUGAGUGUCGCUAGUUAUCCAGGUCCACCAGGACCUCCAGGUCCGAAAGGAGAUCCUGGCACAGUGGGAGACCCAGGACCGAUGGGAUUACCAGGACUGGAAGGACUCCCAGGGGAAAAGGGUGACCGUGGACCAGCUGGCACGCCAGGAGUAGCAGGGACACCGGGAAAGACGGGAUCUCCCGGGUCCCCAGGGAUGCCAGGGGAACCUGGUGACAGAGGACCUAUAGGAGAUAUAGGCUUCCCUGGGCCAGAAGGGCCACAAGGAAAACCAGGAAUCAGUGGAAAAGAUGGAUUGCCAGGUCUUCCGGGUGCUGUGGGGAGACCAGGAGACAGAGGACCCAAAGGAGAACGUGGGGAUCAGGGUAUUCCAGGGGACAAAGGUCCACAAGGCGAACGAGGGAAACCUGGCCCGUCAGGAGAAAAGGGGGAUGUGGGUCCUACUGGGCCACCAGGAGACAGAGGCUAUCCAGGAUCACCAGGUCAUCAAGGUCCCCCGGGUUCACCAGGACCCCCAGGGUUUCCGGCUGAUACAGUUUCACUUGAAGAAAUAAAAAAAUAUAUCAAACAAGAGGUUCUUAAGGUUUUUGAAGAAAGGAUGGCUCAGUUUGUGUCCCAGCUGAAGCUGCCUGCUGCAAUGCUUGCCUCCCAAGCCCAUGGAAAACCAGGACCCCCAGGAAAAGAUGGGUUACCAGGGCCACCAGGAAAGGAUGGUUUGCCAGGACCACCAGGAGAUCGUGGAAUUCAAGGUUAUAGAGGACAGAAAGGGGAAAGAGGCGAGCCUGGAAUUGGACUGCCCGGUAACCCUGGACCACCCGGCCCUGCAGCUACUGGCCUGCCGGGCCCACCGGGAACGCCAGGCUCACCCGGACCGCAGGGGCCACCUGGACCCAACGGAAGAUGCAAUCCGGCAGAUUGCUAUUACCACGUAUCACAGGCUCGGUCACGCACCAGCGGGAAAUAA